AUGCAAAGGAGCCACCUUAACAGGCAAGUCUGGUCUUUUUCUCUGUAUUUAUGCCUUGCUGUUGUGGUGUGUGAGACUUUCCACUAUUCAGUGCCUGAGGAAAAGAAAAGUGGGUCUCUGGUGGCAAAUGUGCUAAAGGAUUUGAAAGUAGAUGUAAAGGAGCUGUCUGCUCGCAGGGCCCGGCUGGUUUCUGAAGGCAACAGGCAAUAUUUCCAGCUGGAUCCACACUCUGGGAAUGUGAUAUUGCAGGACAGAAUAGAUCGAGAGUCUCUCUGUGGUCAGAAGGACACUUGUGUCUUAUUCUCGGAGAUUGUGCUGGAAAACCCACUGCAAGUGCACAGAAUUGAGGUUGACAUAGAGGAUGUGAACGACAAUUCCCCUGAAUUCUCUAAGAAGGAAUUCCUUUUUGAAAUACCCGAACAGACUCCCCUGAAUACUGGAUUUCUACUGGAGAGUGCUACAGAUGCAGACAGAGGGGGAAAUGGUGUUCAGAACUAUACCCUUAGUCCAAAUGACCAUUUUAGGUUGGGUGUUCAGAGUCACAGCGAUGGCAGCAAAAGUGCAGAAUUAGUACUGGAGAAACAAUUAGACCGUGAAGAGACUGCACGGCUUUUCUUGAUUCUGUCAGCUAUUGAUGGAGGGACCCCAAAGAGAACAGGCACAGCAAAAAUUGUAAUUGAUGUUCUGGACAACAAUGAUAAUGUCCCUCAGUUCCAUCAAUCUCUGUACAAAGUGAAGGUACUGGAAAAUGCCCCCCCAAACACACUUGUAGCUAAAGUGGAAGCAACAGACAGGGAUCUUGGUUCCAAUGCCGACAUCACUUAUUCCUUCAGCCAGGUAACAGAAAAUAUCCUUAAAUCUUUCAAGUUAAACAAAAAUACCGGGGAACUUGCCGUUGCAGGGAAAAUUGAUUAUGAAGAGGAGAGAAAUUAUGCAAUAAACAUCAAAGCCACUGAUGGAGGGGGACUCUCUGCUUACUGCAAAGUCAUUGUGGAGAUUGAGGACAUGAAUGACAAUGUGCCAGAGGUGACGCUCACAUCCCUCAUCAGCCCCUUACCAGAAGAUUCUCCCACAGAUACAGUGGUGGCCCUCUUCCGUGUCACAGACCGAGACUCUGGGGACAAUGGCAGAACUGCCUGCACCACUGAGGCAAGCUUGCCUUUCAUGGUGAAAGCAAAUGCAAAUAAUUACUAUCAACUGGUCACUCAGCAGACCCUAGACAGAGAAAAAGCUUCAGAGUACAACGUCACCAUCACAGCCACAGACCAGGGCUCUCCUAGGCUCACUUCAAGAAAAACGAUCAAUGUCCAAAUCUCAGACAUCAACGACAACUCCCCAGUAUUUGAAAAGUUAUCAUAUGAAAUGCAGUUAUGGGAAAAUAAUAUCCCAGGUCUGCUGAUAGGUUUGGUCCAAGCCAAGGACCCGGACACAGCAAAGAAUGCCAAAAUGACGUAUUCUCUUUUACCAGGAAAGGUCAGCGAUCAACCUGUAUCCUCUUACGUUUCCAUCAACACUGAAACUGGGAAUCUGUAUGCCAUCCGAUCUCUGGACUAUGAGCAGGUGAAAGAUUUCCAAGUGACUGUGAGGGCUGUGGACAGCGGUUCUCCUCCCCUGAGCUCUGAAGCUAUGGUCCGAGUUUAUGUCAUGGAUGAAAAUGACAAUGCCCCAUUCAUCCUCUACCCUCUUCAGAAUGGCACUUCCCCAUCCAAUGACCUGGUUCCCAGGGGGGCGGAGGCUGGCUACCUGGUCACCAAGGUGGUGGCAGUGGACAGAGAUUCCGGUCAGAACUCUUGGCUUUCCUAUGAGCUCCUGAAGGCCACAGAACCGGGUCUGUUCAGUGUGGGGGCCCAGAAUGGAGAAGUGAAAACCAUGAGACCCAUUAACAAACGAGACACCUUCAAACAGAAACUUAUUAUUGGAGUCAGUGACAAUGGACAUCCUCCCCAGUCCACCUCUGCAACACUAAGCAUUCUGCUAGUGGACGGUUUUUCUGACCCUUAUAUGAAAAUGGUGGAUAUCCCAAAGGAGGAAGUGGUGGAGGAGGAAGACCGUACCCUGACGAUGUAUCUGGUCAUAUGCUUGGCUGUCAUCUCCUUCAUUUUUCUGGUUUCUGUGUUGGUGUUUGUUGCCGUCAAAAUUCAGAAAAGGAGAAAGUUCGUAGAGAGCUCUGCCCUGAAUUUCCCAGUGGGACCAAAUUUUCCUGAGAACUGUGGAGAUGCUGAUGCUGGAUCCCUUUCCCGGGCUUACAACUAUGAGGUGUGCUUAGCUGGUGGGUCCCUGAACAGCGAAUUCAGGUUUCUCAGGCCUUUCUUUCCUGUGUUUUCUGUGGAUCCUGCUCAAUCCCAGGGAGCUCAAAGGAUUUCACCAGGUUCCCAAGAAGUUCCCAGCCAUGCAGCAGAAGGUCAGGUGAGAAUAAUUAAUUUAAUAUAG